UACUCGUAGGCGCUCCACUGGAUCGAAAUAAACAGCCAAAUACCACGCAAUCGGGAGCUUUAUACAUGUGUCCGAUAACCACGGACUACAACGAUUGCGAACAGAUUAUAACGGACGGCCGACGAUCAUCUGGCGGAGCUUAUGAACCUACCUAUGAUGUCGACGAGCUGAUACCGCCAUCUAGCGACGAGAUCAAAGAGGGCCAAUGGUUGGGCGUCACUGUACGCUCCCAAGGAGUAGCCAGCAAGGUGCUCGUCUGUGCCCAUCGCUAUGUGACGAUACAACGUGAGAACCGCUAUGGACAGGGUCUCUGCUAUGUGCUGACAAACGACUUAGAGUUCGACGAGGUUUACGAGCCGUGCAAGGGACGUCCCACACAAAGGCAACACGAGGACUAUGGCUUCUGCCAGGUGGGCACCUCGGGCGCCCUGCUGGAUGACAAUACUAUGGUGCUUGGCACUCCGGGCCCCUUUACUUGGCGCGGCGCCAUAUUUGUGACAGAGGUCGGUGGCGAGUACCUGCAGCGGGACAAGAACAUGUACUACAGUGACCACUCGGACACCUCAUCGCCCGUGGACAAGUACAGUUAUCUGGGCAUGGCCGUCACAGGGGGCCGCUACUUUGGCGAGAGGAUGUCGUAUGCGGCUGGCGCGCCACGCUCGAAUGGCCAUGGUCAGGUGGUUAUCUUCGACAAGGCCAACACGAGCCCCAUUCCCGUGCACAUGAUCAUCGAUGGGGAGCAGUUCGGCUCGAGCUUCGGCUACGAGCUGACGACGGCAGACAUAAAUGGGGAUAAGAAGCCAGAUCUAAUUGCUGCGGCGCCCUUCUACUUUUCGAAAAACGACGGCGGCGCUGUCUAUGUGUAUCAGAACGACAAGGAUAUGCUGCCCAAGAAGGCGACUCUGCGUCUAACGGGCACCCUGGAGAGUCGCUUCGGUCUGGCCCUGGCCAAUAUUGGGGACCUCAACAAGGACGGAUGCGACGAUUUGGCUGUGGGCGCUCCCUACGAGGGCGAUGGCGUUGUCUACGUCUAUCUUGGCUCACGCCAGGGCCUCAACGAGAAGCCAUCACAACGCAUCCAAGCCUCCGAGGUAGGCCGCAAUCUUCCACAGCCAUUGACGAACUUUGGCAUCUCCAUAGCGGCCAAUACGGAUCUCGAUGACAAUUCGUAUGUGGACCUGCUGGUGGGUGCACCGCCAGCUGUUGUGGUCCUGCUCGCACGGCCCAUCAUCAAUAUUCAGACGUCGUACCGAAGCACGGAGCUGCGCAACAUCGAUCCGAAUCGGGCUGGCUGCCGCGAGGAUGUCACCACGAAUCUGACGUGCUUCACCUUCGAGGCAUGCAGCAGCAUCGAUCCACACGAGCAGCAGAGCAACGAGCUCAAUCUCACCUAUACCAUUGAGGCGGAGACCUUCGAGCACAACAAGAAGUUCGCUCGCGUCUACUUCGACAGGGACAACAAGCGCAGCAAUGUGAUUACCCACAAGGUGCGAGUCCGCACGAACGGACGACUCGAGUGCCAGCGGGUCACGGGCUAUAUCAAGGCCAAUACGCGAGACAUUCAGACGCCCAUACGGUUCCGCCUGGAAUGCAAGCUAGACGAACAGGAACUAGUGGAUUCACCACUGACACGACUCAAUCCCAUUUUGGAUCAGACGCAGGCCUCCAUCGAAUUCGAGGGCACGUUCCAAAAGGACUGCGGCGAUGAUGAUCAAUGCGACAGCGAUUUGCGGCUUGUCGCGGAGCCGAACCUUACGGCCGAGGAUGGUAAAUACGCACUCAUACAGGGCAACAAAACGGAACUAGAGAUCACAGUGAACGUGACCAAUCUGGCUGAUUCCGCUUAUGAGGCUCAGCUCUUCAUUGUGCAUCAGAAGAGCGUCUCCUACAUAGCGACCAAGAAGCCGACGAAUGCAACUUGCAACAGCUUCAACGAGACCUUGGUGGUCUGCAGCUUGGGUAAUCCGAUGCUGAGGGGCACCAUGAUCCAUGUGACGAUACGCUUCGAUCCGAACAGCCUGGAGCUGAAGCAGACGGAAAUGUUGUUCCACAUCUUUGCGAACACCACCUCGAAGCUGGUGGGUCCCGAGAAGCCCGAACGCGAUGUGUUAGUGCAUGUGGUGCGACGAGCGGAGCUAAUUGUUCGCGGCUGGGUCAAUCCGGAGCAGAGCUUUUACAGUGGCGCCUCCACGCUGCAAGAUUCGCCCAUGGAGCUGAAAGAUGUGGGCUCGCCGCUGGUCCACACCUAUUCCAUCUUCAACGAGGGUCCCUCGGCGGCGCCCAAGGUGCAGUUGAUUAUAUAUCUGCCGCUGAUGCUGGAGAACGGACACGACAAGGAUCUGGAACAGGGCAAAGAACAGUACUUGCAGUACCUGGAGGAAAAGCCCAGCAUAGAGACGGGUCAAGGCGAAUGCACGGUGGCACCCGAAUAUGUCGAUCCCCUGAAGCUCACCUCCAAGUUGGCUGGCAAUCUGCGUAGCGCCCCCUACAUGAUCGCGCCGGCAGCCAUGAAGAAGUCGCCCACGCAUCGCCAGUUUCAGCUGAACAAGACGCUCAGCUACAAUCAGGCGCAGAGCCAGAGCCAGACGCAGCACUGGAGCCAGCAAAAGUCCAGCCAGGAGCAGCACGGCGGAGCGAAUCGACUGCCGCGCAGCACGCUCGAGCGCAUCGUGAGGCCCGAACGAUUUAUGGACGGACGCGACGCGAGCGUCAAGAGCAAGAAACAACAAAUUGUUGAGCUCAAUUGCGACAAGUUCACGGCGCACUGCAUCAAGAUUCAGUGCGAGUUCUAUGCGAUGCCAGCGAAGACCGAGGCACAGGUGACGCUCAAAGCGCGCCUCUGGAACUCGACGCUGGUCGCCGAAUAUCCUCGCGUUGAUCUGGUACGCAUCAUAUCCACGGCCAUGGUCAAAAUACCAAAGGACUUUCAUGUGGAGCAGCUGGAGAACAAUGAUAACAUUUUGGUGGAGACGCGCGCCUAUCCGGAACUGCUAGAUCAACAGCGGGAGCCCUUCCCGCCGUGGAUCAUUGUGUUGGCCGUGCUGGGCGGCUUGCUGCUGCUUGCCGUCUUCACGUAUGGAAUGUGGAAGUGCGGCUUCUUCAAGAGACAGCGGCCAACGGAUCCGACACUCAGCGGCAAUCUGGAGAAGAUGAACGAGGAGAAGCCCUUCCUGGCGGCCAAGAGCAGUCAUAGUGUUUUCUAACAAGAGGGUACCGUCGGCUGGGAUCUGGUGCGACGCAUUGCGCCGAGGAGGAAGCGCAGCAGGCUGCGCCGGAUGCGGCUGCACUGUGAGCAGCAGCGGCGGCAACGGCAUGGGCAACAUCAACAACGGCAUUAUUUGCCCUGCAUCU